CCACAGUGCUUCACGUUGGAAACCAGCUGAAUCGAUAAUCUAAACAAAAGUGCGAGUCUAGUCAUCAAGAUGUGCAAUUUCCCGUGAAAAUUGACAGAAAAGUGUGAAAAUUUUCCAAAUUGGCUCUGUACUCUGUUAGAUCGUGCAUUUUUAGUAGAAUUUUAACAUGAGUCGCAGUGCUAAGCAAAAGAACGCCGCGGGCGCAAAAAACGAGUGCGUGCAGGUGGUGGUUCGUUGUCGGCCACUGAGUAACAAGGAACAAGCUGGCAAUUUUCAGAAGGUGGUCGAUGUGUUUUCCAGUCGUGGCGUCAUUGAGAUACUGAACUGCAAUGAAACAUCACGAGAAAACAAGAAAAUGUUCACUUAUGAUGCAGUGUACGAUUGGAGCUCCACCCAGCAACAACUUUACGACGAAGUUAUACGUCCGCUUGUAUACUCGGUAUUAGAGGGAUUCAACGGAUGUGUUUUCGCUUAUGGUCAAACGGGUACCGGUAAGACGCACACUAUGGAAGGUAUACGAAAUGAUCUUGACCAGAAGGGUAUCAUUCCAAGAGCUUUUGAGCAGAUUUGGGCUCACAUCAACCGCUCACAAAACAUGAACUUUUUGGUAGCCGUCUCCUAUCUGGAAAUUUAUAUGGAAGAACUGCGGGAUUUGCUGAAACCAAAUACAUCCUCGCCAUUAGAGUUGCGAGAACGUGAGGGUAGCAUUGUGGUUCCAAAUUUACACUCGGUUCUGUGCAAAAGCGUGGAAGAUAUGUUGAAUGUAAUGCACAUGGGUAAUAAAAACCGCACGGUUGGAUUCACUAACAUGAACGAACACAGCUCGAGAUCGCAUGCGAUAUUCUUAAUUAAGAUUGAAAUGUGCGAAGUGGGUUCCACUCUAGUCAAGGUUGGAAAGCUAAACUUGAUUGAUCUGGCUGGUAGUGAGCGUCAAUCCAAAACUGGAGCCACUGCAGACCGGCUAAAAGAGGCUAGUAAAAUUAAUCGUGCUCUGUCGUCGCUUGGCAAUGUUAUUUCAGCCCUGGCUGAAAAAUCUCCCCAUAUCCCGUAUCGUGAUUCAAAAUUGACUCGACUCCUGCAGGAUUCCCUGGGUGGUAACUCUAAAACUAUCAUGAUCGCAAAUAUCGGCCCCUCUGAAUAUAACUAUAAUGAGACGUUAACAACGCUGCGCUACGCUCAUCGAGCCAAGACGAUCGAGAACAAACCCGUCAUGAAUGAGGAUCCCCAAGAUACAAAGUUGCGCGAAUAUCAAGAAGAAAUUGCUCGACUCAGGCAACUUAUUACCGAGCGACAAAAACGUGAAUCCGUUCCUAAAGUUAAAAAAAAUAAACCAACGGUGGUUAAAAGGGAGGAGAGUGUAGAGGAAGAGGAUAAAAAGUCCGAUUCAGAAGCCGAAGAAGAUGAAGAUGAGAAAGAAAAUGAACAGGACUUUAGUGAACUCGAUGCGAAAGCGCAGCAAGCUCUGCUGAAGGAACGUGAAGCCACAGCAGCACUAGCAUCAAAGCUAAGCGAACUGGAGAAUCAACUAGUCAAGGGUGGCAAGAAUAUUCUCGACACUUACACCGAACGACAACUUGAGCUAGAGAAAAAAAUGGCAGAGAUUGCCGAACGUAAAAAACGCGAGAUUGAAAUGCAGCAGCAGCUGGAACUGCACGAAGAAUCAACCAUGGAAAUUCGAGAAACCUUCACCUCUCUUCAGCAGGAGGUUGAACUGAAAACGAGGAAACUUAAGAAGUGCUACGCGAAAUGUAUGGCACUAAAGCAAGAAUUGCAAGACACUAGGGACGAGCACAAUCGGGAUCGACGUGAACUUGAGAUGACCCAGAACGAGUUGAUUAAAGAACUUAAGCGCUUGCUGCUGAUAAUCGAUAAUUUUGUUCCAACAGAACUAAAAUCUCGACUUUACACCCAAGCCAAGUACGAUGAUGAGGCGGAAGAAUGGUAUCUCAACAGUAGUAUAAUAUUAAACAGCAACCAGAUGGUGGUACGUCCCGUUGCGGAUCCAAACAGAAGACGUCCGAUGUCGGAGUAUUCUUUACAUGUAAUCAAGGCCAAUACGCCGGACGCGGUGCGAUAUAAAGGUGAAAACAUAAUCAACUACGAGCUAGAUAUGCCACUGCGCACAACGUACGAAUACUCGAAUCCAAAGGUUUCUGCUUCGCUACAGGCAGUGCUUGCGGAAGCAAUGCAAACCGAGGACGACAUUGACAUCACAGAUCAGUCCAACUAUGCUAGCAUGAUGAAACAACGCUUGGAUAAGAUUACCCGGCGGAGCGUCGUUCAGGAUGCACAUAGCGGUGGAAGUUCCUCCAGUGGUUCCAUCAACGGAUCUGCCAUCAACGGAAUUCCACCCAGUAGCAGCAGUAACAGUGUUGGCACCGGUUCUAAUCGCGCCCGCACGUCAAUUUACAAUCGCGGUAUGUCGGCAGCUCCCACAUUCGGUACUCAUUCGGGCACUUCCGGGACAACAAAAAAAAUACCGUCGGCCAGUGCAGCCACCUUUCCAAAGGCGCGUGGGUUGAUUCCCAAGUAGGUCCAGCGCCAAGGUGAAACUGAAGUACUCAUUUAACAAACAUCCCACAUGUUUUUCCUAUCUCAUCUCAUCGCUAGCACUCGAUAAUUUGGGUUUGCAUUGUGCUUUGUGUUUUCGAUUUAUUUUUAUUUACUUUGUUUUCAAAUUUCGGUCUGGUUUAAAAGCUUGAAUGAAGGAAAAGUUUCACAUGCGCGCGCUUAUUGGCAAUAAAAGCAAAGAACAGAACGAUACCAAAAAAUAUACAUGCAAGCGAUUUGCUUGUCUGCACAGUAGGGUGGAGAGUAUUAAGUUGAUGUUUUAAUUCUCUGUAGUCUAGAAUGUAUCUAUAUUGUAUUUAGAUUUUAGUAAAAAAUGCGUUAAUUCUAGUUGUCAAUAGAUUUCUACUAAUUGUGAAUAGUAUGUACUUUUUUCGUUAUGUAUCUGAUUAUUAUUUUUAAUGAGUGAGUUUAUUUGGUUAGUAUUGUUAAAAUCAGGCAUCCUUACAUGCUCCUUAUAGUUUACUUGUCAAAUUGUUAUCAAUUGUGUUCUGUGAAUUUUUUUUCUGUUCAUUCCUAUUCAUUAACUAGAUUACUACUGAUAUUUUAUUGUAUCAGGUAUUCUGCUCUGGUUCUCAAGGUUGUGUUUUAUUUUGUCGAACAUUUAGUUUGCUUUUGGUAUUUUCUUCUGCACAUUUUCUGUAUGACUAACUUUAGUUAGAUGACCUGUGUAAUAAGAUUUAAUUGAAUUGCGCGUAAAAGUUGUUCGUUGUUGACUUCUUGAAAUAACAAAUAAAACUAACUAGUAUCUUCUAGAUUGUAGCACAAACUGAAUAGAGAGAACGCCUUUCUCUCCAAUGUUAUAUGCAAAAACAACUUCGGCUGCAACGAUUUUGAAAUAGAUAUCAAGACCGUUGAUCCUUCAAACGAAUUUUAAUAUGAUUUUUAGCAACCCAAGCUUAUCUCAACUCAACAAGGUAGUUUCUUUGAACGUUGCUUGUUUUGAUUGUGUCGCUUGUUGGUUACGCAAACUCAUCAAAAUCAAUAAGCUCUGUACCAUGAACAACUAUCACUUACUAAUUAAAAUCACUACUACUGAAUAGCUGUGAAGAUUGUUUAAAAAUAAUAACCUGUAAUGUCGUUUCCAAACUGUCUAUUAAAAUAUACACCAAAUCUAUGCAUUGGAA